GUCGCGCCUGACAGUGUAUUUAUAUAUUUUUAUAUUUUUUAGUAGAACUGGGCGUGUUUGUAGUAUAAAAAGCCGAUAGGAAGUUUAUAUCAGGAGAUUAUGCCAUCAGAUAGGAGCAGGAAGCAGCAAAACAGUAGAGGUGUGAAUGCAGCUGUGGAAAACUCCACUCUGUCAGAUACUGAAACAUGUUCAAUCAAAUGUGCAAAAUCAGUGAACCAAGUCAAAAAUGAUCUCAAAACUGUAAUUGAGCUUAUGGGACCUACAACUCCUCACUUCACUUUGAGUAGCAGCAAUAAUGGAGAUAUCGAAGAUACUUUAUAUACAACUACUGUGUCAGUUACCACAAAAGGUGAAUCAAAACCGGAAGAUGAUCCCUGUCUAACAGAAUGUGAUUGUUCAACUCUUCCACCAGACAUUACUAAUGAACACACAGCUCUGAUAGAUGGAGACAUGUCAAUGAUGGUCGAAAAGCAAUCAACGAUGGUUGACAUGCCGGAGAAUGAAAUGCCCAUCCAGUACAUUUGUCCGCCGCCCCAUUUCCCAGCAAACUUCGUUUUUAACUCAGAGUGCAUGUGUCCUCAAAUUGCCAGUUACAUCCAUAAUGGAAACGCUGGAGAACCGGGGACGUCUUGGUAUUGGGAAGAGCACUCAGAAUUGUGAACUUUGUGAACG